CUAAUUUUGAUUUUGCUUAAAGAAGAGAAUAGUUUACAGCUGCAGCAAAGCGCGGGAUCUCUAUAUAGUAUAAAAAGAAACUCGACUACAAAUCUCUCUCUCUCCACUGCGUCUCUGCCUCUCUGAGAUGGACUCGGCUUCAGGUCAUGUGAACGAUCCAGUAGGCGAUCAUGUUGAAACACUUGUUGAAGAAGGGGUGGGCCUUGAUGCAAUUGAUAAAGCCAUCAAUCUCUACAUUUCGGAAUCCAAGGGAGUUGCUUCAGCCAAGAUGGAAGCGAGUCAGAACCCCGGACGGUUACGCGAGUGCCUUGCAAAGGUGACGGAGGUCCCCCAUUAUGCCCGCAUGUCUGAGGAAUGGCUUGCAGAAACUAAGAGAAGGGACCUUUGUAUGAUGAAAGCUAAAAGGUUGGCAAGGGAGAAGGAGGCUAAAAGGUCGGCAAGGGAGAAGAAAGCAUUCUGUUUGCUUGAUGGCUUUGCUGUUUUGUUUGGAACUUGGAAGGCUUAGAUCUGCAAGGAGUCCAAGGACCAGCAUUCCAGCAUUGUGGAUUUCCCAUUUCUGUGUUAUUAUUUUCUUCUAUGUAGUAUGUACCGUCUAUUACUCUUGUGGGAUUUCUGGCAUUUGUGCAAGACUGCAGGUCUGCAAGUUAAGUGUAAUGUACUGCACCCAGUGCAUUGCUUUUAUGUUUU